UCUCUCUCUCUCUCAAGAUAGCCUAUAAAUUUGCAGCACUAUCAUACUAAUGACAUUAUUUGAAAAAGGAGAACGUUAAAUUUACAUACUAAUCCAGAAACGGUUUCUGGCCCUUUUUGUCCGAAACAGAAAACUGUAUGCGAAGAUGAUAACUUCAUUAAUACUCUGAAAACUGCCAGAAAGCAAAAAGUACUCGCUUCUUUACGUUUUGAUAAACAUGAUUUCUGUGAAAAUCAUCGAUCAAUCAAGAGAGUGAUUAGUUGACUAAUUGCCGAAAGAUCCCCAUCGACUUUGUAUUAACCAAAAAUGGGCAACACUAUAGGAACCGACAUCGGUGGUUUUAUUGGCAACGUAUUCACAGCACCCUUCAAAGCCACACUUGGAAGAUCCUGUCUAAAUGUAUGCUCGGGGCCAUGGGAUCUUUCGUGUUUCAUAGAACACUUCUGUCUUCCUGAUAUUGCCAAGCUCGUCCUUAUCUCAGGCCUCUGUGUCAUAAUUUUGAUGUUCAUCACCCUCUUGUUCAAGCUUGGGAUCUGCCAAUGUGUAGUUAAAAGCAUAUGCAAAAUGUGUUGUGCCGCUUGUGCAAUGUACUGGUUCGCCAUCGGAGAGAUGAUUCGUUGCUUGUGGCACAGUUUGACGAACACUAAACGUGUAUACCGCAGAAAACGUCUCCGUGACAUAGAAGCCGCGAGUUACGAUUAUCCAAGCGAUAACGAGCCAAGUUCACCAGACAGCACUAGGCCGAAGCAGAGAAGAAGAAAAAGAAGAAGAAGACAAGUAAGCAAACACAACCAUAACCGUGGCAGCAGCAGCCGUCGCCUAGUAAGACUAAAGAGUAGACAAAUGUCUAUACGAGUUGGAGGCAAAUCAAGAAGAGUGAGAAGUGGUAGAAAGAUGAAAUCCAGUAGAGUGAGAAUUAAGAAGAUCGUCAAAGACAAAGAUGUGGUCGAUUAAAAUGUCUAUACUAUUGUCAGUAAACUCAAAACAUAAACAUCUCAUUUUAUUCAGAUGAAAUGAACACACAAAACCAUUAUUAGUCCAUG